UCCGUCUCUGGGGCUGGGAGCCUCCGCGUCUCCGUCUCUCGUCUCUCUGGGGGCGCUUGUGGGGCGGCGUCCAUGGGCUCCGCUGGGCUCCCCCUGAUGCUGCUGCUGCUGUUGGCGGGGGCGCUGGCCCGGAUCGCCGGAAGCGAAGGGGGGAAGGAGACCCCCGCCCAUUUCCUGUACCAGGGGAAGGCCGAGUGCCAUUUCUUCAACGGGACACGGCGGGUGCGACUACUGGAGCGGCUGUUCUACGACCAGCAGGAGUUCGUCCGCUUCGACAGCGCCCGCGGGGAGUUCGAGGCCGUCACGGCGUUCGGGAAGGGGGAUGCGGAGGCUUUCAACAGGGAUAAGCGUCUCCUGCAGGACCGGAAGGCCGAAGUGGAUUACUUCUGCCGAUACAACUACGAGGCUCUCCAGGGCAGCCCCGUGAUUGGCCGGAGAGCCAAGCCCACCGUCUCCAUCUCCCCCACCAAGCUGGAUCCCACUUCCCCUAACACCAUCCUCCUCUGCAUCGUGAGGGGCUUCUACCCCGUGGAGAUUAAGGUCCGGUGGCUGAAGAACGGGCGGCCGGAGGAGGAGGGUGUGGCCUUCGGGGAGGAGCUGCAGAACGGAGACUGGACCUACCAGCUCCAGGUGAUGCUGGAGACCCAGCCCCAGCGGGGGGACGUCUACAUCUGCCAGGUGGAGCAUGCCAGCCUGGAGGCCCCGAUCACCGUCCAGUGGGAGCCCAGAUCCUCCAAUUCUGCCAGGAGCAAACUCUGGACAGGGAUCGUGGCGGCCGUGAUCGGGGUGAUCUUCUUUGCCAUGGGGCUCUCCCUCCACCUGAAGAGCAAGAAAGCAACUCCCAUCCAGCCUCCUGCAGCACUUGUGAAUUAAUUCUGCCGUCCUUCCUGAUUCCUGAUGGGAAAGGAAGUUUUUUUUUUUCAGUAGCUGAUGAAUUUCUGUCUCUUUUGCAACCUCUGAAAAAUGGAGGCUCAAGAUUUUAGA